AGUUUCGGAACGCAGCGGUUAUAAGUGACCCGUAUAUUAUCGGAGGUGAUGAAGCAUCGGAAAGUCAGUUUCCAUUUUUGACGUCUUUACGAGUGUAUGGAAAAUGGAGCUUCGAUCACAUGUGCGCAGCGUCUAUUUUAUCCGACCGCUUUUUGGUGACAGCGGCGCAUUGUUGUCCGCAUUUCAUCAAGCCACAUAUUCAUCAAAUUGUGGUUGGUGCACAUUCAAAUAAAGAAGAAAAAUAUUGGGUGAAGCAAAUCUUCGUGCAUCCAAAUUAUACUGCAACGCCAUUCGCCAAACUAAAUAACGACAUUGCUAUGAUACAAUUGGAAGAACCGAUAAAAAACUUGGGUCAAAAUACAUCGACUAUCGAAAUAAACCGCGAAUUCUUUGAUGGAAAUGUAGAUGCUGUGGUUGCUGGCUGGGGCAAAAAUGAGGACCUGGGUUUGAAAUAUGCAAAAAUGACAACGAUUACUUAUGAUGAAUGCAGUAGACGUGCACCACCUAAAUCACCCGUCAAUUAUUACAACACUGUAUGCGCACAUUCAACGUCAGGAAAAGUUGGGCUAUGCUUUGGUGACGGAGGAGAUCCUUUAGUACAGACUAACAAUAACAAAUUGAUUGGUGUCGCUUCCUGGACAAGAGGUUGCGAGAAUGGUUUCACUCGCAUCAGCGAAUUUGCGUUAUGGAUUGAUUCAAUCAUGAACAAAUCAUAGAAUGCAUUGUGACCGAUACGAUAUAUAGUUUAUUAGUGACCUUUUGUCGCUCUUUUGCAUAUCUAAUAAGUGAACAUUGAACCAUUUGGAAAAUAAUGAUAAUAAAAUAUUGUUGCUAUUUUCAAUAUCUCUA